AUGGUGAAAUCCAUCUACAAAAACACAGUGAACGAGGUGAUCACAGGUGUGGGGAUCUCCAGUAGAUUCAGUACGGGCAGAGGAGUGAGGCAGGGAUGUCCUCUCAGCCCUCUCCUCUUCAACCUUUUCCUGGAUGACAUAGAUACUGAGUGGGAGAAGAGAAACUUGGGGGGUUCAGUAAUAGGGGGUACCAAGGUUUUCUGUUUGAAAUUUGCGGAUGACAUAGCCGUCAUAUCGGAGCACGCUACACUAGACCUGAGUAAAAUGCUGAAGAAGGCUGAAGCCUAUGUAUUAAGGAACAAACUAGAGAUCAAUGUGAAGAAGACAAAGGUUCUUGUGUUCAGAAAUGGAGGUCGCCAAGCAGCAAACGAGCAUUGGUUCAUCAAUGGGGAAGAGCUGGAGACGGUGAGCAGAUUCAAAUACUUGGGUUUUUGGUUCACCACCAAGAACACUAUGGGCGAGCAUGUAGCCAAAAUGACGGGCAAAGCGUCCAAGGCCCUGAAUGCCGCCUGGGGGGUAUGCUCAAGAGCUGGUCUCAGUACCCUGAAAAGUAGACUAUACAUACUCAGCACCCUGGGCAAAGCUGCUGCUCUCUAUUGCGGAGAGAUCUGGGGUCUGGUGAGGAGGGAGCCGAUUGAGAGGGUACAGGGAAAGGUGGUGAAAAUGGGAAUGGGAAUCACGAGGAAUACCCCAGCCUACAUCUGGAGAAGAGAGAGCCAAAGAGGUAGUCUAGAACUGGAGAUGAGGAGAAGAGCCCUCAAAUACAUAGGUGAAAUAUGGCAGCUGGAAGACGACAGGCUGAUUAGGACGUGCCUAAAAGAAGAGCUGAGAGCACUUGGGAACGGUUGCUCUUCUGCCUGGGGUAGGACCCUACUGGCUGCCUUGAAGGAACAAGGAGAUGAAGAGGUCUACAACAAACUGUACAAGGGAGAAAUGGAUAAAGAGGCGUUCGACGAGUGGUUGAAAGAGCAUCUGGACAAGCAGACCCAGAACGAAUGGCACAGAGACUAA